UAACUUAUCAAGGAAAAAAAUUAAUAUCUAGAUAAACCUUAGGGCAUAUAAAUGAAAGGUUAUUAAAUGUACAAACCAAUAACAAACUCCAAAAGAAAAUUUUGGAAAAUUAAGAUGUAGGAGUUUAUUAAGAUGUUGUUUGUUUUGAAAAAAUAAAAUAUUUGUAGUUUUUUUUUUCACAUCUUUAAAAGAAGAUACGUACCAAAAGUUUGUUUGUUUUGAAAAAAUAAAAUAUUUGUAGUUUUUUUUCACAUCAUCAAAAGAAGAUAUGUACCAAAAGUUUGCCGUCUAUAUAAAAUAAAUUGUUUGUUUGUAAAGUCAAGGUUGCAUAAAUGAUAUUAAACCACAUCCUCAUAUGACACUAAACAAACAUACCAGUAGUAUAUACAUUCAUUAACUACACCGAUUUCUAGUUAAUAGUAAAAGACGAUGGCGGAGGUAGCGAUGAUGGUAGUGGUGGCGGCGAAGGUGAUGGUGAUGGUUGGGGCGGCGAAGGUGGUGGUGAUGGUUGGGGCGGCGAAGGUGGUGAGGUGCAUCAUGUUCUUUUAACAAAUAAAAUCUAUAAUCCAAAUAAAUACUUAAACGAAGACAUUAAAAUAUUAACAAACUUCUAGUAAAAAAAAAAUACACGUAAAUAUUGAUGACCUCUUUUAUACCAUAAGAACCAAUUAUGUUGGCUCCUUUUAAAGAGUUUUGUAUUUAAAUAAUUUUAAAAGGUAAAAUAAAAAUAUUAAAAAAAAAUCUUAAAAACUAUUUUUUAAUCAUUAGUAUAAUAAUAAUUUUUUACUAAAUCUGUUUUUAUAAGAGAGUGUUUUUUUUAGUAGAUUGGGUUGUUCAGGAAUGUGGUAUUCGUCUGUUUUUUAUUAAAAACAAGAUUAUUUGCACUAAUAAUGUGGGUAUUUUCUAAAUUUCAAUGUUUUAUAGUUAAUGUUUAUGCUCCUUGGGAGGAAGGCCAAAAAAAAAGGGAAAAUGAAAAUUUUAGGGUAAUAAAGUGUUCUAUAAGUACUCAUUUGGUCCCUUAUCUUUUUUUGUCUUUAUUAUACCACUGAACUUAAUAAUCCUGCUCACCAAAACCCUCGAUACCGGUUGUUGUAGGUUACUGCUUAUGUGGAUAUUACGUGGCAUUAUGUGUCAUAAACUGGGCUUAUUAAUUGCAAAGUUGCAGUACUGCAUCGUUCUUGCCCUAGAUCGACAUGGAUGCUUCUUCUUAUUCUUCUUCUAUUUCUUCCAAACGAAAAGCUGAAUUUCAACCUGAAAAUCCUUGUUACUGUGGGUUACCAUCUCGUGUACGAACUUCACGAACUAAAAACAAUCCAGGAAAAAAAUUUCAGAUUGUGCCUUAACUCCAUGAAUGAAGGACCAAAAUGCAAGUUCUGGGAAUGGUUGGAGCCUGAAACCCCUGAAAAUGAAGUCAAUUCUGGGAAGGACAAAAAAGAACUAUGCAAUUUAACCCUCAAAGUUUCUAUAUUGGAAAACAAGAUCAACAUAUGUAAGAUGAAGAUGGAACAAGAAAAUUUGGUUGUUAGACAAGAGUUUGAAAAACUCAAAUGGAAGCUAUUUACUCAUAAAGUUGUGAUGAUUGUGUUGUUUCCGUUGUUUGUGUUUAAGAAGUAGUUAGUUUAGUUGUAUUCAAAGACUAAAUGUAAUCCUUAAUGUUGUAAUUUGUUUGAUGUAUUAAGACUAAAUCUUUUUGAUUAAUGAUAGUUUGAUGUUUUGAGUGGUUUCAAUGAAGUAUUAAUGU